UAACAACUUUACCAUAAAACUACUCAUUUUGGGGACCAAUUUAGAGAUAGUCUAAUCUUGCUUUGGUGAAAGAAGAAGAAAAAAGAGAAAAGCACUGGGACCUUCAAACUACAAACUGUCUGUAAAAAAAGCCAAACUUGAUGAGAAAGAAGCUAAGUUAAGUAGUAUUUCUCCUGAUAAUACUCCAUCAGAAGAGAAAAAAGGGGUAUAAAGAUACAUACAAAGUUAGGUAAAUUGGGAAAUAAUGACAACACCAAAACAGAUUUGGGAACAACAACAAAAAGAAGAAGGUUUACAAGUGAUGAAGAUGAAGAAUUCUGGUGCAAUGAGCUUCAUUGGGAGCCCAACAAAAUCUGCAUCUGAGGACAAAGAUGAAGAAAUGUCAAGGACAGUGUUAUCUGCUUUUCGAGCUAAGGAAGAAGAGAUCGAGAAGAAGAAGAUGGAGGUUAAGGAACGUGUUCAAGCUCACUUAGGCCGUGUUGAACUAGAGACUAAGCGCCUUUCUGAGAUUCGUGAGGAACUUGAAACUUUAGAAGACCCAAAGAGGAAGGAAGUUGCAUACAUUCGAAAGAGGAUUGAUACUCUCAACAAAGAACUGAGGCCACUUGGAUUUACAUGCCAGAAGAAGGAAAGAGAAUACAAAGAAUCCCUUGAUGCCUUCAAUGAGAAAAACAAGGAAAAAGCUCAACUUGUUGCCAAAUUGAUGGAGCUGGUGAGUGAAAGUGAAAAGUUGAGGUUCAAGAAGCUGGAGGAGCUCAGCAAGCACAUUGAGUCUCUUAAAUGAUUUAUUUUAAAAUUUCUAAUUUCAAUAUCAUUAACUCGCUGAUUAAAGAGAGGGAAAAGGAUUAAUUUCUUUUUUCGGUGUGAUAUUAGAACUGAUUUGUUUGAUUCUGUACCUUUUUUUUUGUUACAUAUUUGUAAUAGCAUUUUAUUGACAAAUCUUUCUACAUUUUGAAGAGAGGGAAAACAAAAUUUCUAGUAUGAUGGGGUGGGAAAGUUUGUAAAGUGGACAUAUUACAGAACUUUAAUUUGUUUGAUCUGGAUGUUGUGUGUUCGAAUGCGAAUAAAAUGUGCAUUAUGGAA